CCCGGAAGCCUCGAACUCUAAAAGAGUUCGUUGAGAGUUUCAGUUGCUUUGAGACGGCACACUAAGUUGGAUAACACUCUAGUUUGACUUUCGGAGGUACGAUCUGCUGAGCUACUUAUUACAAAAAUUAUUCGGGGGGAGUUAAGUUCAGCGAUGCUUCAAUACCUGAUUAUAUGCGUGCUGCUUUAUGUCUUCUACUACCGCUACAGAGAUAGUCAGCGCAUAAAGAAUGUAUCUGACAAAUAUGUUUAUGUUACUGGCUGUGACUCUGGCUUUGGCAACCUACUAGCCAAGCAUUUGGAUGAACAAGGAUUCCAUGUGCUAGCUGCCUGCUUCACUGAGAAGGGGGCUGAAGAAUUGAAAGAGUGCACAUCAUCAAGACUCAAAACUUUCCAGCUGGAUGUUCUUAAGUCUGAAAGCAUCAAGAAAGCUGCAGAAUUUGUGAAGUCUGAAGUCAAGGAAAAAGGUCUAUGGGGACUAGUGAACAAUGCUGGAAUCUCUUUACCUGCCGGAUUAAGUGACUGGUUGACAAUAGAUGAUCACAGAGCUGUACUGAAUGUCAACCUGAUUGGAGUAAUUGAGGUUACACUGAGUGUGCUUCCACUGAUAAAGAGAGCACGAGGUAGAAUAGUCAACGUGGCAAGUAUAUUUGGUAAGAUCAGUUGUAUGGGUGGACCUUACUGCAUCUCGAAGUUUGGUGUUGAAGCCUUCAAUGAUGGUCUCAGGAGGGACUUGAGUGAAUUUGGAGUAAAAGUUCUUUGUAUUGAGCCAGGCUUCUUCAAAACAAAUAUCACCAAUUUAGAUUUAAUAACUGACAACUUUAAAAAAAUCUGGUUCAAGUUACCGCAGGAUGUAAAAGAUCUCUAUGGAGCUGAUUAUCUGGAUAAAAUAAUACAUAAAUGUAAGACCAUGAUUGUGAAGCUUGCAGACCCAGAUUUGAUGAAAGUGGUAUGGUGCAUGAAUCAUGCUCUGACAUCUGUUCACCCUCGCACUCGCUACUCAGCUGGCCUAGAUGCAAAACUGUUCUGGAUUCCUCUUUCGUACAUGCCAACCAUCGUGUCUGACUUUGUGCUCAGGCUUGACAAGGUUAAGCCAGCAAAAUGUAUCUCGUAGUAUGCACUUAAGAAUGCUUCUUUGCAAUGAAAGGAAUCUCUUAACAGAUUUUAAUUUUCACUUCACUUUUGGAAUUGUACACUUCUAUAAUGUGCAUAAUAAGAAAUGUGAUUGAUCUAACUCUGGAUUUUAUUAAGAAAAUGCUUUAUAAUUGAUUAAAAUUCCCCUCCUAAUAAGGUUUUCAACCAUCUUGAAUAGAUGACUGAAGAAGAUGAAAGGCCAGACUGAGACUUCUUAUGCCAAUUUCUUUGUAUUAAUCCAAUUUUCCAUGAAGGUGAUUUUAUGGUUUUCUUACAAACUCUUAGGGUCCCAAAUUAUUUCUGAAUCUAUAAACUUGCAAGUUAUUUGUAAAACAACCUGGACUCUUCAGAUAUCUGAAACGAUUCAUUUUAUUCAUUUAGGCAGUAUAGUUAAAAUGUCAGCUAACCUUGCUUACUCUUAAAAAUUAAAGGCACUAAAUGUUGGAAAUAGUCAGCAGCUGUGGCACCACUUUAUGAAAAAACAGCUAACACUGCAAAUUGAGAAUUCAUUUUCUGAACCAGGAGUGUUUUGUGGUGUAACUUUUUAAAGCAUGUUUUGAGAAUUGAGGACUGGGCAAACAAAGGCCUGUGAUAAAGUAGAAGGUAGGAGAGAUCAGAAUGAAUGAUAGUAUGGGGGGAAAUAUUUAUUUGAUAAUGGGACAUCUAAAGAAAGCAAAUUAGAAUCUCUAGGUGGUCUAAACAGAAAUAGCAGUGUGGAGCUAGAGGAACACAGCAGGCCAAGCAGCAUCAGAGGAGCAAGAAAGCUGACAUUUCAGGUUGGGACCCUUCGCCAGAAAUGGGGGAGGUGGAAGGGAGCUCAAAUAGAAAUAGAGGGAGGAUGGUGGGGUGGGGGCAGGUAGAUGUGAUGGUGAUAGGUGAAUGCAGGUGGGGAUUGGUCUGAGGUGGGAGAAAAGACAGGACAGGGUGUCAGGUCAAUGAGACAGGGAUGAGAGGAUUGGUCAUGGGAUGAGGAUUAGGGGCCCCAGUGGUGGGGAGAUUUUGAAACUGAUUAAAAUCCACAUUUAGGCCAUUGGGUUAUAGGCUCCCAAGGUGGAAUAUGAGGUGCUGCUCCUCUUUUCCAGGUGGCAUUGUGACACUAAGAGGCCAAGGAUGGACGUGUUGCUGUGGGAGGGGGUGUUGAAAUGGUUUCAACCUGGAAGAUGUCGUUUGAUGCGAACAGAGCACAGAUGCUCUACAAAGUGCUCUCUGAACCUCUGCUUAGCCUCACUGCUGUAGAGAAGGCCACAUCAGGAGCAGGGGAUGCAGUCGACUACGUUGACUGACAUGUGCAGAUGAACCCCCAUCUGAUGUGGAAGGUUUGCUUUAGUGUCUUGAAUGGAGGUGAGAGGGGAGGUGUAGGGGGCAGGUGUAGCACUUCCUGCAAUUGCAAGGAACAAUCCCAGGGGUGUUGGGCUAAUGGGGAGUGUGGAGCAGACAAGGGACUCUGAGUGAGCAAUCACUCCAAAACCAAUGAGUUGGGGGAAAUAUAUCUUUGGUUGAGGUCAGAUUGUAGGUGGUGGAAAUGGUAGAAAAUGAUACACAUUAGAUGAGGUUAAUGGGGUGAUGUGAGGACAAGGAUGAUUUUUUUUUGUGGGCAGGGAAUGUGAGGGCAGAGGUACAGGAAGUGCAAGAGAUGUGAUUGACAGCAUUUUCAACUGCAGAGGUGGGUGGGGGAAGCUGCAGCCUUUGGAAUAAGGGGACAUCUGGGAUGUUUGGUAGUGGAAUGCCCCAUCUUGGGAACAGAUGUGGUGGAAGCAGAGGAAUUGGGAGUAGGGGAUUGCAUUUUUUCUUCAGGAAGGUAGGUGAGAUGUGGUGUAGUCUAGGUAGCUGUCUGAGUCAGUGGGCUUGAAAUAGAUGUUGGUUUUGAGGCAGUCACCAGAGAUGGAGACAGUUCCAGGAAGGGGUGAGGUAUCAGAUGGUCCAGGUGAACUUGAGUUUGGGGUGAAAGGUGUUAGCAAAGUUGAUGAACUGUUCAAGAUCCUCAUGGGAGCUUGAGGCAGCACCAAUAUGGUAAUUAAAAUAGCAGAGGAAGAGGUGGGGGAUGAUGACAGUGUAGCAGUGGAAGAGGGACUGUCCCACUUGCUUCUACAGAGGCACAUAUGGCUCUGGCCCAUGCAGGUUCAGUGUGUGGAUUUGGAAGAUAAAAGAAAAAUGACAGGUAACUAGAAACAUGAGAUCUUGCACAAAAUGAAGUUGUCCCACAAAUAAGUCACCUGAUUGAUAUUUGAUCUUGCCACCAGAGAAAAUCACACUAGGCAGACAUUUCAGUUAUACUGAAUCCAAAGACAAAUAACAUGCUGUCUCAACUGGAAGGAGUUUCUGGAGCAUUGGACAUUGAGAAGAGAGAAGUUUUUAAAGGGUGGAUGUUGUAUAUGCUGUACUUGCAAGGGCAGUUAACUUGUUAAUUUUGGGUAUUUAACACAAUAGCAGCUUCUGAUAAACAUAUCUAAUGUGAUGAUGAUGACUUGGAACAGCUUAUAGCUUUGACUCAAUUAGCUAAUGGUUAUUUGACUAUCUUGUAUGCUGUUACUGUUUAACAUUAACGUUAAGAUGCUACCAAUUGUUUUCCUAAUGCCUUAAUAAAGAAAUAUUAUUUCA